UGUUUAUGACGCAAAGGCUUGGGUGUUUUUUUUUUCGUUCGUAUAGUCAAACGGCAACUAUCCCGCGAUCGAAAAUGGGGGCGUCGAACCGCAGUACGCAAGUGGCUCUUUGCAUUUCCGGAAUUUCAUUUCUGCUUUUUAUCAUUGCGUUUUCAACACCCUAUUGGUUGGUUACAGAUGGGCGUUUAGAAAAGCCACGCUUUACCAAUCUGGGUCUAUGGGAAGUGUGCUUCAAUGAUUUUCAGGAUAUUCACCGUUUCUACGACAACCCUUUCAACGGAUGCAUGUGGGUCUUUGAAGAGGAAUACUACAUCAUACAUGAUUUUCUACUACCGGGGUUCUAUAUAGCAGUGCAGCUAUUUGCAACGCUUUGCUUCGUCAUGUGCCUUAUUGGCCUGCCUCUUACACUGGCCUUCUUGAGGACCUCUCGCGACGAUGAUCGAUACGUUGUGCUGCUACUGACCAUUGGGUCUUGCCAAGUGUUGGGCUCGAUUUUCGGAUUUAUUGCCGUAGUAAUUUUCGGUGCCAAGGGAGACUCUCGGGACUGGAUGCCUGGAUGGCAGAAUAAUGACAUGGGCUGGUCGUUUGCGUUGGGCGUGGUUGGAGCUGUGUUGUUGUUACCUGGAGGAAUACUUUACAUGGUUGAAGCCCGUCGCGAACGCUACAAGCGCCUCAACGAAAUAAGUAAUCGGGAAGUUAGCGAAUACGGAGAUGACUGCUAUCAGCACCAGGCAAAUGUCGCAACGACCCCGACUGCUCCAUCACCGUCCCAAUCUUACUUUGCACCAGAGCCAAGCCGUCCACGUCGUCCUCAGUCAGGACGUACGCCUAACAUUCCGCCACAUGGAGGAAUUCAAACAGAUAUAUAACUGUUAAAGUCACCCAAUCUAAACAUAUCUACACAUAUAUUUUAGUAACGUGUCUCGAUUAUUAAUUUUUACUUGAUUCAUUCCAUCAAUUAGAGUGUAUCCAAUUGUAAUCACAGUUAAUUGAAACAUAUCCGUCCAUUAA